AUGCCCGCCGCGAAAGCGCCGCCGACGGCCGCCGAAAAGGUCGCCUCCUUCUUCUCCCGCCUGAGCCCCGUGCCGGCCUUCCCCGACUACACCGGCCCCUACAAGGUCGGCACCGUCGACAUCGAGGUGCCCGUCGCCGAGCUCGAAUCGCCCAGUCCGACACCCUACAGCGCCUCCGAGAUCCUCACCGUCCAGUGCCGCGUCUUUUACCCUGCCACGCCCGAGUCCAACGGCAAGAGGAUCAACUGGCUGCCCUCGCCCCAGAGGCAGCAUGUCUCGGCCUACACCCAGUUCAUUGGCAUCCGUCCAAUGCUGGCCGAGAUCGUCUCCUUCCUCCCGCGGCACCUGCACUACACCACCAUCCCUGUCCACAAGAACGCCGAGAUCCUCGACCCUGACACCCCGAACCGACGAUGGCCGACCAUGAUCUUCUCCCACGGCCUCGGCGGCAACCGAAACACAUAUUCCCACCUGGCCGGCUCCCUCGCCUCCCACGGCGUCGUCGUCAUCUGCCCCGAGCACCGUGACGGCAGCGCCGUGGCGUCCUUUGUGCGCAUCCCCGGCAAGCAGGACCAAUACUUCAUGCGCGACACCCGCCGCACGAUUCCCUACAUCCGCCUCGACCACGAGCCGCGCCCCGAGAUCUACGAAGCCCGUGAGGACCAGUUGCGCAUUCGCCUGUGGGAGCUGGGGCUGAUCCACGUCGUCGCCCUGAACAUGGACCUGGGCCUGGCCAUGUCGAACCUGAACAAGUCCACCCCCAGCCUGACCCAGUUCAAGAACAAGCUUCACGUCCACGAGCCCGGCUCCAUCAUCUUUGGCGGCCACAGCUUCGGCUCCGCCUCCAUUGUGCAGUUCCUCAAGUCCACCUACUACGCCGAGUCCUCCGCCCUCGCCCACGUGGCCAAGCCCCUCUUCACCCCGCGCAGGGACUCGGCCCUGUGCCAGCAGAUCACCGAGAAGAACGUCACCAUGCUCCUCGACAUGUGGUGCUUCCCGCUGCUCGCCCCGGGCUCCUCGGAGCUCUUCGAUCUGCCCCUCCCCGCCUACGCCAACAGCCCCUCGGCGCCGGGCGGCAGCGCUCUCCUGGCCGUCGAGUCCGACGCCUUCUUCAAGUGGACCGACCACCUCCACGUCACCGCCCGCGUGCUCUCGCCGCAGCCAUCGGUCAACGUCAUCACGCCGCAGCUCUUCAGCCGCAGCGGCGUGCGUCUCGCCGAGCCCAAUUUCUUCUACGUCCCCACCUCGGCGCACCUGAGCCAGUCCGACUUCGGCAUCCUCUUCCCCUGGCUGACCAAGAAGAUCUUCAACUCGGAGGAGCCCGAGCGCGCGCUGCGGCUCAACCUGCGGGCGCAGCUGCAGAUCCUGCGGACCAACGGCGUGCCCGUCGCGAGGACGUGGAUCGGCGACCUCGUCGACGGCACGGGGUCCGGUAAGAUGGGCAUCGCGGGCGACGAGGACGCCGACAACGGGCCCGACGAUGGGCUGAUGGACGACAAAGCUAUCUUCGACCGCUCCGAGGGCAAGGUGCGCUUCUGGAAGUGGAUCGACGUCAUCGGCAUGGGCGAGCCCAGGGAGACGCCCAGCGCCGGCGGGUCGGCCAACGUCAACGCGCAGGUGGCCGGCGUCGAGCGGACGGACCAAGAUAUGGAGGAAGAGCUGGAGCCGCUGCAGGCGGUCGCAAGCGCGGCGCAGGCCGGGGCGAUACGGUCAUGA